AGUUAGUUAAGGAAAAUGGCAGAUCUGGGAGACGUCUUGUAAACAAAGCUGAAAUAAAAGUAAAGCAGAACAAAUGGCAUGAAGUUGGUGUUGCAGUCUGGUUAUGAGUGAAGAUUAUUAUGUCUCGGAAAAAACGUAGGAAUAAAGGGCAACGUUCUGGAAAGCUUCAGAAAGCCCUGUGUAACAACGAUGUGAAUGGAAGAGGUAAGCUCAGUACUCUCUCCUAAAUCUUGUUUAAUAAUAAGCAGCUAUUAGAGCUUCGGGUCUCUUCCGACCUUAGUCUGAGCCAUUUAAUAAAGCUCUUCUAUUGCUUUUAAUUUGUUGACUUGUAGAGAUAAGUUCCCAAUUUCGUCUAUUGUGAAUUGAAACAUGAGGAUUUUGAAUGAAGAAUGUUCUACUGUUGAAUCCUUCCGAAUCAUUAAAAUAAUUUAAGCUUAAAAAAUUGUAAAUUCUACUCAAUUGCAACUUUUCUAGGAUUUCUUCUUUCUUAGCCUCUCAGUGAUGGAGAUUGAAAUAAGGGUGAGGCGUUUAAACGAACUUGCGACGGCCGGUGAUUUUUAGGGUUUCAUUAUUUCAUCUGCACCUAAUACCUACAUCGGGUAGGUUUCCGGUCAAGGAAUUUGGAUUUUUAGCAUUCUUUCAAAGCUACUCACGGACAUUGAAUGCCUCUGUUUACAUUUUUAAGAGGUGGAAACAGAAAAUCAAGGGUGCACGUUCUUGCCAUCUUUAGCUUGAGUGCAGGUUAAAGAGGAACACGCCUUUGCAGAGAGAGGAGUGGAGGCUGCAUAGUUAAUUGGUGCAUUUCACCUAGUCAACUGUAGUGGCUAAUUGUUCUAGAAAUCUUUUCAUAGUCAUGUCAUCUAAUUCCAUCUGUAAUCAUAUGAAAUUGGUUUCCUGUUUUGUGGUUGUUUGAUUUUGUUUCACACUCAAGUGAUUACAGAUUGAAUUGGACUCUACUCAAUUGUGUUUUCGUUAAUAUGGAUGUUGGAUGUGAUUAUAACACUGGUGGCAUGUUACAGUGGAGGGUUCCUCCUGGGUAUUGUGUCUCAUGAAACAUAAAUCAUAACCCAACCUUAUAGAGGUACCUCUUUGUGAUAUCAUUGAUCAAUGUAGAUUAAUGCUACUGAUACCAAAAAUGUUUCAGAUCCAGUGGUUGAAGACUUUGUUAAUGCCAAACAUGCAAAGGAAGCACUCAAGCGAGUGUCAAAAGGAUUUUCAUCAAGUGCAAGUAUGUUUGAUACAAGUUAUGCAUAUAAGUGCUCUUGGCGUAAAAAUGAAAGAGAUUCUGGUGUAACUCUCUAUAAUGUAAAGGAUCAUGACUUCUUUACUGCUUAAAUUUAAUUCUAGCUCAUAGAAAUAUUUUUUUAAUGAUGUAAAUGAGUUAUUAAUUUAAGGGCAUUGAAACAGUUUUGAUAGUUUUUCAUGCUAAUCUUUUGAUUAUCAGAAUUUAUUGUUUGUUCUUCUGUGUUCUUCAAAGGGGUAUGACAUUUAAAACAGGCAUAUAAUUUCUCUACAAAUCUUUGCUCAUUCUUUUGACAAAACAAAGUUUAAAAUUGUUCAUCUAAGGUUUAGAGGAUGUGCAUACUAUCUCUCAACCUCUGAAGUAUUCUCUAUGGCAGUCUACCUAAUCAUGGUUCAUGAGAACACAUUGCAUGGGAUAUUAUAGAUUAAAAGCGUGUGAUAUGUAUGUUCCUUUUACAGCAGCAAUAGUUACAGAAGCAGAAAAAGAAAACAUGAUCCCCUGGUAUGACAGAACUGACUUUGAUUCACUGUCUGAUGAAGAGGAUGAGAAGUCAUCAAUUGGUAUCCAUGAACAACAAUCCACAUCAACUUCCAGAUCACAAAGAUCAAAGAGGAAAACAAAGAAGGAUACUCCACACACAGAGUGUAACAAGAAUGGUUUGUUAUAUCCACUCGAUAUAUGGUGUUUGCUAGCACAGUAUAUUGAUCCUGAACAUGUGCAAAAGUUUGCAUUGAUCUGUAGAGGAGCAAGGCAAGCCACAAACACAAGGAUGUUUUGGUGUAGAAUCUAUAAAUGUUACAUUAGUAGGCCAAACAAGCUACCUGAACGACUACAACCACAUAGAAUAGAGUGUCGCCCCGGACUACGUGCAAGGAUUAUAAGAGCUCUUUUCCAUGGCUAUGAGCCAUUUAGGACUCGUGUUGUGUCUCAUAAUAACUUAAAGGAUCCAGACGUGUUGGAAGGUCACAUGUGCAUAUCAAUGUGGUACAAGCAGGCCUUGUGCAAGAAGCAAACUAAGAAAAUCUGGGCGUUUUAUUUCAAGUUUUCUCAGAAAACAGCUGGCAUGAAAAGUAAACCUCGUUAUUUCUCCAAAGAAUGGUUGGCACAAGUUGAUGACUUGAAUUACAAUCCUGAAGAUGGACACUCCAUUCUUCAAAUAAAUUGUGUUAAUUACCUGCCUGUUUCUCCUGUGCAAGGUCAUGUAUUGACAAAAGCUUCCAUUGGUGUUAGUCGUGACAUGAAGUAUAACAGCAUUAAGUUAAUUUUUCAUUCACCUCGUAGUGAUGGCCGAUAUAGAAAGGAAGAGGGAAACAGUGUUAUCCUUGAGCCAGCAUAUGAUGCUAAAGUAAUUAAUUGGUGGAGUCCACUUUAUCCUCACUGUGAGGAUGCAUUGUAGAGUACAAAACCACUAAGAGUGACUAGCAGCUAAUUUCUCUUUGCAGUGAUACUGUUGAAUCAUUUAUAAAAAUUAUCAGAAUAAAGGUAAUAAUUGCCAACCUAGGAGCUUUGAUUUUUAAAUGACUCUCCUUGGCUAGCACCAAAGGAAAUGUAUAGAGAAGAGUAUGGAGAAUUUGGGUACUGAUGUUAGGGUGUAAAGGGUUAACCCUUUAACCAUUAAGAAUGAUUGCAUCUCAUUUCUCCUUACAGUAUCACUAUUGAAUCAAACAUUAAGGUCAUGAGAAUAAAGGAGAUGAUCACACGCCAGAGAGGCUCUGAAGUAUUGAACAAAUUCUCCUUGUCAGUACCAUUGGAAAUGUGUAGGGAACAGUGUGGAGAAUAUGCACACCAAUCUUAGGGUGUAAAGGGUAAAUGAUUAAUACGUCAUAGUCAAGGUUUACUACAAAGUAUAAUCAAUUCAUUGCGAAGACCAUGUCAAUAAUAGCCAUUGUAAUCAAUAAAACAUCAUCUGC